AUGAUCAAUCAGAUUCCAGAUUUUCACACCGUGAGGACUUCAGAAAUAACUUUGCACAGAACAUGAAUCCUGCAGGUUCAAAUUUCUAUGAGUCAAGAAUGGCACGAUCACAAGAUGGUCAGUUUGAUGCAAAUUUUCACCACGAGGAAACUAUGGGGAUAUGGAAAGUUCUUAUGACACAAGAAUGCUAUGCUCACAAGAUGGGCCAUUGGAAAACAGAUUUUCAAGGUCUGAGAACUUUGGAAGUAAUUUCAGUCUGCAUCUUAACAGGGGAAGUUCCAGUUCCUAUGAAUCAAGAAUACCAUAUUCUCAAGACUACAGACCAUCUGGAGACACUUUGCAAGAUGGUUGGAGAAAAAAUGUACAAUCUGAAAUGCGAGACACGGAUUGGAGCUCCGAGAAUAUACGAGACUCUGGAGAUGAGUACAGAAGAAGAGAGCUGAUGAGGGGCUAUCAGAAUGAUUACACUAAAGGAUUUGAUGCUGAUGAUCGUUGGAUGCAGAGAGAGUCUGAAUCAUAUAGGCUGGAUACUUCCAAAAAUGCCUUUACAAAUGAGGAGCUCCUUGAGUGUUUGCAAAAUUUUCAGAUUUUCAGUGAUAGUGAAGCAGAGUUUGCCUUGAAAGUUACACAGAGUCUCACAGAUGGAUUAAUGGAAUAUCGCCUAAAGACAAUGAAUGCAUUUGAGCAAGAGAGAAGGCCUCCAUUGGAUGAAGAAAUAAGACAACCUUCUGGUAUACCAGAUCAAUGUUCUGGAUAUGAAUCACACGCACCAGCACAUGAUUCAUGUCAGAGGUAUACUGGUAAUCCUACAAACUUCAGACCUAAAUAUAAAGAUGGUGGUACCUGGAAGAAAACAGUUGCAUUGCAUUCUAAAUCAAGUAACAGAAAAAUAGGUUUUCAAUCAAAUCGUAAACAGUUUAAAUCCACAACAUCUAAUACAGGACCAACAAAGUCAAAAAGCAAUGUUAUUCUGACCCCACAUCUGCUUAAGACUAUUGAAGGAAUGGAUAUUAAAAGGGCCACCAAAACACUGGCUAAACUAUCAAAAACCAACCCAGCAUUAAAAGGUAUAAAGGUCUCCUUCUUGGUUGAUGUGCUGGUGGACGCGGGUGUGCUGACACGUGAACAGACUUAAAACCUAAAGUUGGUGUGUACUCGAGAAUAUUAACAAGGCUAUACUAAAGGUCGAGUUCUGCUAAUUGCAAGCUGUUAAGCUUUCUUCAGGCUGCACUGCUACAGAAGUUAACCACUGAAAUUCUCAUCAAAUUCAGUUUUUGAAAAUUGCUAAAACUAAACAAGCUUGAUUUUUAAAAAAAAGCUUUCAGAUUUAUUGGGUGGAGAUGAAGGAUUAUUGAAUAUCAGAAGUUUUGUUGCAAAUCUGUCAAUGGUUUUUAGGUAAUAACUGUGUUCAAAGACUGCAAAACAAAGGCUAUGAGUGAGUAUAUUUGUAUCUUAGUACUAUUGUUCAUUUAGUAAAACAAAGUAACAUCUAUUUGAUUAGCAGUGGUUAAUGGUCUGAAAUGUAAUUUUGAGUAUAUAAAUUCUGUGUUUUGAAAGUAUUCACUGUGUUCCUGUAAACUAAAAAAACCUCAAGGUCAGAACUGAAUUACCAAGGCAUUGUCACUGUUCUAGACCUUGCAUUAAUGAAAUUUAGUGCAUUCUUGAGAGGGGUUAUCUAAAUACAUGUUGAUGUUUGUUACAGUAAAAUAUGUUUUAAAUCCACAGUAAUUAUGACCAGUUGAUGUAAAUUUAUUCUAAAUUCACAAGAUUAUAAAUUAGAUAAAAGCUUAUCAGAAUGAGGAUUUACUACAUUGUUUCAGUAUGUUUUAAAAAAUACAAUUUUAAAGAAAAUCUUGUUUUCAGGUACUGACAUUAUGCCUGAUCGUUACAGUUGAGAUUAAAUGACUGAAUAAAACUAUUUAUGUGUUACUUAAGUUGCUUUUGAAUAGGUAACCCACUGCCUAUUUUGUGCAAUGACUUUUAAAAUUGUUUUGCUUAUUACAUGAUCAGUUUGUUAAUGUAUUUGUUUACCAAACUCUGGUUAGAAUUUACUUGAUAAUGGAACUUAGGAUCUAGCAAAAGCUACUGUUUUACUUGCAUCUACCAAAAGUCAAUAUUUUCUCCACCCCCAACCCAUGAAAAAUAACAUGCACAUUUUGUCCAAGCAAUGUCAGGAUCUGGAUUCUGUGAAAUAAACUCCAAAGAACAUGUAUUUGCACAAAAGAAUACUAAUGAUGAAAACAUUAUUGGCCUAUCCCAAUAACGAUGAGCUGGAGCUGAACCAUUCUUCACCCUCUGAUAACUCUUCACAGCUUUUCAGAUUUGUUCAUAAAUUUCUACUCCUUUGAUCCUUUUGACCUAAUAUCUCUUUGCAGUGAGCCUGUUUCACCACUUCUUACUCUGUUAUUCCUGAACAACUCUCAAAUCUGUCUCUCAGCUUAUUUCCAUUUACCAGAUCUAACUUCAUCAUGCUACAUCUUCUGCUUUGACGUUGCAUUCCAGCAUGAUCGAGGAGUAAAAGCAACUCUUUCCAUGAUGAACUUUUUCCUUAAACUACUCUUACCUUUUCUCCCUUUAUUCAUCUCAGACACUGAAUAUAAGAAACUUUUUACCAAAAUUGAGAUCCUGUACCAUUGUAUUUUCUUCCUUGGAUUGCUUUGCUAACUUGGACUCCUGCAACCAGGUAUUUUGUACAACUCAUUUGUCCACAUUUUCCUGUAUUCCAUUUUUCAUUCCUUACUUUUCUCGCCCUCAACCCAACAGGAAAACAGACUUUGUAGGACAGUCAUACAAUAUUUAUUUUACUCAAAAACAAAAAUACACCUCAUCAGAACAAGUAAAAUAUAUUUGUAUUGAAAGUCUCAAUUUUUCUGUGGCAAAUGCCAUUUGAAUAAAGGGUAUAAUAUAUAUUUACGGUAGACGCUGUCAAAAAUUAAACUGAGCUUUUAAAAAGAUUUUCAGACAUAAAAAUGCAAUUUUGCAUUCAGAAUGGUGACAAGUGACUGGCUAUACUUGUCACUGGCUCAGUAAAACCUUAAUAACAGGUAAUGGAAGGGAAAAACUCAUGAGAAAAUGGUAACCCUUUAGUACAAACAACACUGGCAUAGUCUGCUCCAAUUCCUUGAGGAAGUCCUCUGAACACUGCCUAUACCAUUUCCAGCCACUUUUCCUCAUUUUACAUAAAACUGGAGAUACAAAGAUCUUAGUCAAUAAAUGAAUUGUUAUUUUGUAUCUGUGCCACAUUUUGCUGCAUUGAAAUCAAGCAAACAGAUUUCAAAAAUACAACAAUAUUGUUCAUAGUUUGCUUUCUAACCUAAAAUCCUCCAAUUGAUCGAUUAAAACAUCCAGUAGCAAAGUCAGCUCACUACAGAUGGUGUGGACCAU